AUGAUGAAGUUCACAAAGGGCGACGCGACAUCCGGUUUGGAUCCUUCUAGUCUGGCGGAGGCCCCGAAGCUGGUCGACUCGGUUGCCCGGGCCAUGGAGGGACUUGCCGAGGAGAUCCAAUCGCUUGACCAGGGCCAUUGGAAAUGGGUGCCAAGGUGGAUCAAGGUCGUCGCCACCGAGCUGGAGUUGCUCAAGACCAAAAUGCUCCAGAUCUGGUUCAUCUCUGCCGUCGCCGAUCCACAACAUGGGGCACCGGCACAGCAGGCAAGAGACGCCACCUACUCCAUCGAAGUGAUUCAAGACAAGAUUGAGUACCACAGGCUUCAAUCUAACCUUGUUCCACGUAACAAGAUUCUCAAUCAUCUGUUCAAGCUGCUUCUUGCUCUGAGGUGUCGAUGGAACCGCUCCAAUCCAAACAGGAUCAUCAGGGAGAUCAAAGCUGUGAAUGAGAAAGCUCGCAGGCUUGUCCCUCUCCUAGACAAGGGCCAAGGCCAGUUUUGCAGUCCACCGCCAUCGUCGCUUGGUUCCGUCAGCGACACUCGUCAGACGGUGGUGUAUGGGCGCGACAGGGAGAGGGAUGAGGUCGUGCGGAUGCUCAUCCGGUCAUGCGGCGAGGCCACACCGGAGAUAAUGGUCUCUCUUGUUGGUGAUGGAGGAAUUGGGAAGACAACACUCGCUCAGAUGGUAUUCAAUGAUGAAAGCGUCAGGAAGCAUUUUGAUGUCAGAUGUUGGGUGUCAGUUUCCAGUGUCUCCAACCAAAUGGAGCUCGCAACAGAGAUUUUAAGAUCGGCCCAACCAUCUUGGGUUGGAUCUGAUGAGAAUAAGAUGGUGGAUUUUCAAGUGCUUCAGUCCGAGCUUCGUCAAUUUGUGGCAUCCAAGAUAUGCCUGAUUGUUCUAGAUGAUGUAUGCAACAGUAAGGAUGAAAUCUUACUGGGCAUCCUCACUCCUCUUCUUUCAGCAGAUAGCAGAAGUAGAAUUUUGGUGACUUCUCGCAUGGUACCUCACAUAUUGGGUUCCUCGCAGGUGUACACUAUAAAUCCGUUGGAUACCGAUGACUGCUGGUCCCUGCUCAAGGAACAUGCUUUUCCCAUUGAUGACGAGAAUGUCCAUCCAGAUCUGCAGUUGAUUGGAAAGGAAAUUGCUACAAAAACCAAUGGAUCACCUUUGGCUGCCAAGCUGGUGGGAGAAACAAGGAGCAAAGCGCACUGGAGAAAUAUCCUUGAAACAGGGUUACAGGAUGGCACUGUUUUCUCUGCCCUACUCUUGAGCUAUAAGAACUUGCCUGGACACCUCAAGCGAUGCUUCACAUAUUGCAGUUUGUUUCCAGAGGACUAUAAGUUUGAUCCAGGACAUUUGUCCCGCCUUUGGAUUGCGGAGGGUUUUGUACAUCCACAGGGCAGGGCUGAGAAAAGGAUGGAAGACAUAGCUAGAGAAUAUUUUGAUCAGCUCCUUUCACGCUCAUUUUUUCAGGAAAUCAACAUUGGACACAAGACUUAUUACUUGGUGCAUGGCCUACUCCAUGAACUUGCAAAGUCUGCUGUGGAGGAGGACUGCUUCCGUAUUGAUGAUGGCAUGAAUUUUGACAUCCCAUCAACAGUGCGCCAUUUGUCUGUCACCAUGAACAGUUUACCUGGCCUCACAAACUUUUCUGGGCUAGAAAAGUUGCGCACCUUGUUAAUCCAACCAUCACUUUCAUCCUCCUCCAGUUGCUUCCAAGAAGAUUUUGCGGUGAAUUUAAAAGGUAUCCUGGCGAAGUCAAAACAUUUGCAUGUUCUUGAUCUUAGUUGCUAUAACUCUGAAGAGUUGCCCAAUUGCAUUAAUGACUUAUUGCACCUCCGUUACCUCUCCAUCCAUGGCUCCAUCCAGAGGCUUCCUGAGUCAAUUGGCAGGCUUUGGCACCUGCAAACAUUGCGCUUCACCGGGGAAUGUUCCCUCGAGAAGCUUCCUGCUAGCAUUAUUAUGCUAGUCAAUCUGCGGCACCUUAUUGUUGAGACAAAGUAUACUGCAGGAUUGGUGGGCAUUGGUCGGCUAGCAAAUCUUCAGGGAUCACUUGAGCUCCACAUUGAGAAGAGGGAAGGGCAUAAACUAGAAGAGUUGAGGAACAUCAAUGGUCUUCGUGGGCUACUAAAAAUAAAAAAUCUAGAAAAUGUUUCAAGCUAUGAAGAAGCAUGCAAAGCUGAGUUGAAUAAGAAAACACAUCUUAAUUCUCUAAAUUUAGAAUGGAGCUUUGCUAGUAGGAAUAACCCUCCUCAUGCUGACGUGGAGGUACUUGAAGGCUUAAAGCCGCACCAAGACAUAAAGGUACUUCAUAUACGAAGGUAUUGUGGCACCAAAGCUCCCAGUUGGCUAUUGUCAUUGCAGCAAGUGCACUCUUUGCACCUUAUCAAUUGUAGGAGUUUGGGAAUCCUUCCUCCAUUGGGAAAUUUGGGAUCACUCAGAUAUUUACACAUGAAGGAGCUAUGUGUAGUUGACCGAAUUGGACAUGAGUUUCAUGGCAACGGUGAUGUGGCAUUUCCAUCUCUAAGUGUCCUUGAAUUUGAUGACUUCCCAAAGUUGCGUGAGUGGGUUGGCACAGAGGACAAGAUCUCAUUUCCAUGCCUUGAAAGAUUGAUUAUAGUGGAUUGUCCAGAACUGGUCAGAAUUCCUCCCUUCUCCGCAACUACUCGUGAAGUUACCAUUGAGCGUACAUGCUUCAUGCCAUACAUGAGGCUUGUGCCUUUUUCUUCAGAUUCAGAGAAGCUCCAACUGGAUGUUUGCACAACUUCUGGCCACUUCAACGGGUUACUCCAUAAGCAACAUCUAAAGGUUGUUGCAGCCUUAAACAUAACUGGUGUUGAACAAGUCGUUGCUACCGAAGAAAUAGGGUCCCUUGUUUCUCUACAGAGGCUUCAGCUUCGUCGAUGCAAUUUCACUGACUAUAACUUUAGCAGGUUUCUCCAGGCUCUGCCUUGUCUUUCCUCGUUGGAGAUAAUUGACCUGCCUAACUUAACAUCUCUUCCAGCAUUGGAAAUAGUUGGGGUUAGCACAAUGCUCACGGAUUUGUCUGUACGCAACUGCCAGUUCUUGCAGUCUCUAUCCUCAUUGCAGUUUUUUGAUUCACUAAAAUAUUUGGUCAUCGAGAGAUGUCCUAAAGUGACUGCAACAUCAUUUCCAUUGAACUUUAGGAGCCUUUCAUCGCUCAAAGUGCUGAGAAUAUCACACUGCUCAGAGCCCCAAUCUUUACCGAUGUGUGGUCUGCCGUCCUCAUUGGAAACACUCCAUAUUACUGGGUGCCACCCGGAGUUGUCCAAGCAAUCAAGAAACAUGAAAGGGCAUUACGUUGAGAAGCUUACAAUUGGCAAUUGUACAUAG